UCCAAAGACAACAAAGAUCCAUCAGUAAACAUAUAUAUGAGAUAAAAGAGCAAGAAGCUUUCCCAAGCUAGGACUACAUUGAUAAGCUUAAGCGUAUUGAAUUUUGCGACUUGUGUCGUGACCUAUACUUUAUUUACCUACGUGCUUGGCAUAUGUUUGUGGUAUUUUCGGCUUCAGAGAGGCUUCGAGCGAAAGGUUUCAGUCACAGGCGACGGCGAUAAUGAAAUGGGAAGUGCUCCAUCGCAGAGUCAGCAUACUAAUUCAAGGACUAAAGUUUAUGAAUUCGCUCGCGACGGUAAGAGGGAUGAUCUUAUCAAAGUCUUGAAACAGCUGUCCGAAAGCGAGAAAAAGAGUGCGCUAGAAGCCAAAACAAAAGAUGGUGACAAUAUCGCUACUCCACUAAUCAUCGCCGCUUCCAACGGAAAGUUGAAAGUUGUGAAAACCCUACUCAGCUACAAAGCAGACAUUAAUGUGCGCGGAAAUGUCAAGAAUAAGGACGAAGUUGUCGAGGGUUGUACCCCGUUGUGGGCCGCUGCUUCUGCAGGACAUCUUGAUGUUGUGCAACUGUUAAUCGAAAGAAGAGCGGAAGUCGAUAGUAAAGAUCUGACAGGUUCUACUCCUUUAAGAGCCGCUACCUGUAGUGGACAGAUUGAUAUUGUAAAUUAUUUGUGCAAAAACGGAGCAGAUGUUAACGCACACGGGAAUGAUGAAAGUACACCAUUGUUCUCAGCUUGCCACUAUGGUCACAUAGAAGUUGUUGACUUUCUCAUCAAACACCGUGCAAAGGUAAAUGUUUGCGACAACGGCGGCAAUACGGCCCUUCACUGGGCUGCAAGACAGGGCCACAUUGCAAUUGCUGAUAAACUCCUAAGCAAUGGGGCGUCACAGAAAAAAAACAAACAUCAUCUCACACCUCUUCUCCUAGCAAGCAAUAACUGUAAAAUCAAAAUGGUGGAGCAUUUAAUCAAACGCCAGGGGUGUGGAGCUCGCGCAAGAAAAAAAAAAGAAAUUGACGCACUUGAACUUCUUGGCGCCACAAUUGCUAAUGAUCCUAAUGCUUAUGACAUCGAUAAGGCAUUCCUGUACAUUGAACGUGGGAUGAAAAAGAGAUUUGAAAUCAAGCCGAGUCCAUUGUAUAAAAAAAAAGUGAAACUCAUCGAAGCUUACGAAAACAAAAAAGAAGCUCAAUCUCUUGAGGACCUUGCUGAGUUGAACGGCAACGAUCGCGCAAUACGAAUCGAGGGACUGAUUAUUAGAGAGAGAAUUCUCGGAACUAACAAUACGGAGCUUCGCCUUCCAAUUAGAUACUGUGGAACUUUCAUGGCUGAUUGUGGUUCUUUCGAUGUCUCUUUUCUUUUGUGGCGUCGUGCGCUGGAAAUAGGCAUGCACUGCAAAAAACCUGUAGAAGAGGAUUUAGAAGAGCUCACGGCUUUAUUUGCACGCAUGGUUUCCAGCCGAGAACAUGAUUUAGAUGUUAAGCUGAUUGAAGAAGUUUUUGAACAACUUGUUUUAGAGUACGAAAGACUCACUGAGAAGUCGCAAUUGGGCAGAUCGCGAAUCAAAGAAAAAGACGCUAGAGCCAUUGCAGCGGAAUUAGAAAGUUUAAAUUUUUGUGCUCUCUAUCUUUUAAUCAUAUACACUAAUGUCACACAAAAAGAAGACGAGAAACCAGGCCCUUCAGACUUACUUCUCAACUUUUGUCGCCAAGAUCCCCGCACUCGUGAUGGAGAUACACCUCUACACUUGGCAGCCUGUUACAACUUCAAGAUUGAAACAGCUGCCCAUGUGCGAAGCGCGUGCAAACUACCCUGUGACAAGACCAUGACCGCUCUUUUGCGUGGAGGUUUUGAUGUAAAUGCGAAGAAUCACAAAGGAGACACUCCUCUUCAUGUAGCUGUAGCUUUCAAGCCAAGUCCAAACGAAGCCGGAACUUUGAAGGCCGUAUUGAAAGUGUUGAUAGAAUCUGGUGCAGAUCCAAACCUUGAAAAUACCUAUGGUCUAACAACAAUGGAUUACUGUGCAACAGACGAAGCCCGCAGAAUCAUUUCUGAGACAAGAGGACUCGAAGCCAGGACCGUCCAUCCCAGAGCUACAGACUCUCCCAGCUCCUGUUCUCAACAUCCUGUAGGACAGUCCACAACUAUAAGCAAUUCCAGUGAUGUUGUCAAAGUUACCGUUCUUUCACAGGGCUGGUGCGCUCCGUUCACGGCUUUCUCCUACCAGACAAUAGAGUUUGCUUUUCAAUUAGCAAAACAUUCUCAGGUGGAAGUCAUUUUGCUAGUUCCAGACGAGACAUUGGAAGAAGGUGAUAAGCAAGAUGCUAAGGGGCGUGGUAUUACCAUUGCUGAAGCAAAGGCACAACCAGGUUUUGUCGAUCGAAUUGAUUGGCUAUACUUUCCUCCAGACAACUUUGUUACUGAUGUGGUAGUUGCGUUAGACCACAGACUCGGUAAAGUUGCACACUUGUUGAGAGAACUUGGCGUCUCAAAGAAGAGGAUUCAGAUGGUGUACAGCCUGACUAACUCGCGGGACACAACCGUUGGCCUUUGCGAAAAAGCAGAUCUUGUCGUUGGCCUUGGAUCUAAGUCUGCUGAAAAACUUACUGCUGUUCUUUGUCACCCGAAGAAACAAGUCGUUAAACUGACACCUGGGAUUUUCAGCGAAUCGAUGGAUUUGAAUCAUGUUGAAGGGGAUGCAACAGAAUUUCGCAUCCUGGUUCUGAGCGGCAAAAAGUCCACUGAGUUUUUCCGUGAUCGCGUCAACAUCGCCGCCAAAGCGAUUUCAUUGCUGAAAGACAAAACUCUUCGCCUGGUUGUAACUGGGGUGGACAAAGAUAAAAGAACCGAAUUCCAGAAGAAUUGGUGUGAAUGCGAGGCCGCUAAACAGCAACUGAUUAUGGAUCAAGAUUUUCCGGUCUGUGAACUAGACUUGAAACGCCUGUUCUGUGAAGUAAAUCUUGCUAUGUUGUUGUCAGCCGAGGACGAAUGUGGUUUGAUGGCUCUGUGCGCCGUAUCAGUAGGCCUUCCAUUGUACGUAUGUGGAGAUUCAGCAUUUGCAGCUUCCCUGAGAGUGGUACCUUUUGGUAGAGCAUCAACAGUUGAUGAUGCCGAAAAUGCUGAAAAAUGGGCCGAUUCAAUCAAGAAGGCUAAAGAAACGGACAAGUAAUUACGUCUUGAGCAGGCUGACAAACUGCGCUCCAACUUCGAAGAGAAGCACAGCUGGGAGACUCAAAUUGAAAGUCUGGUGGGGCAAAUGUUGAAAAUGUUUCAAGGUGAUUCAGUAGAGCAGACCAAUUGAAAACGCUCAAGUGGAUACUUUCAUCCAUGUGAAGAACUGAAACGUAGCGUCGAAAUUUUAAGCACAAUUAGUUCUCGUAAGCGUAGUCAAGUGACUCAAGAGAAAGGUGACUAAAAUUAGAACCCGAAUGAGGUAGAAAUUAAUAGUAUUCAUAUUUCUCUUUGUCUACUUCGAUCACUACCAUUAAGAUACGAGGCAGAACUGUUAACUAAUGUUAUUAAACAUUUAAUUAACUUGAAUUGAAAACUUUGAUUGGUCGAGAGCAUACAGUUAUGAAC